ACACGGAAACAAGUUACAACGACACGCAUUGGACACACGGUUUUCUUAAACCGAUGAGAUUGCUUGAAUUUACCCUCACAUUUCUACGGAUAUUUUAACAGCCUGAGCUUGGGGUGACCCGAAGGGAGAAAUGUUGCCAAAAAAAACCACAUCUGAUAAGAUCCAUUUUUUUCAAUACGAAAUGAAUUGCCGAGUUGUUAAAAUGCAGUGACUUGGUCCUUUGCUUAUAGAUCAAAUGCUCUUCAGUGUUAAAUUUAGUUUCCGAGAUAAAUUUCCACCAAGAAAUUCCAAGAUUGUUUCCUUAAGCUGAAGUUGCGGUGUAACCACACUCGCUGUAAGUGCAACGGGAGUUUUAGUAGUGAUGUUUUUGUUUGUUUCUCUUUCACAUUACAAUAAUAGUGAUCGUGUUUUCUGCCAGGCUUUUCUUAACAGUGGGUUUUAUUGUAAAACUCAAACAAUUUUUUAAAAGUUCAGUAAACUCUAUAUGUGUAGCAACGUUUUUACCGGUCGAUUGGAACUUUUUAUUUCUGAAGGGGUAAGCUGCAACUCCGCUGUUCUGAAGUUUUCAGGUAAAACAUGGGUCCAUCUGAUGCAGUUGAGGAUAAUUCCAUGUUGGACUCCAACUCCACAGAUGAUGACAGCUUUGAGUUCAGAAUGUUGAUGGCCUAUGCAAAAAGGACUUUGCCUAUAGAUAAAGCCCCUAAAGCUAGCAACGGGAAACCAGACAAGCCUUCAGUUGAAGGGAGCAAUGUGGGUGCUGCACACAAUGUUGGUUCAAACCAACAAGCAAAAGUUGAACUAAGGCAAACAAGCAAAAUCCAAUCUGGUGGAAAAGAGAGAAAUUGUGCUCGCAAAUCCAGCGGCAGAAGGAAAUCUAUAUGGAGAAGGAUUCCAUGUUUACGAGGAGAAUCAGAAAAAUGCAAAGCUUCUUUUGUAGAACAACAAGGAAUGGAUGAAGAGGGCAAGAUGAUGUUCAAAUCUUCAUACAAAAUCACUUUUCCAGAAGCAGAAUAUGAAUCAAUGCCUUCUGCUAAUGAGGUUGCUGAAAUGUUGCAGAAGAUUAUGAAUGCGAAGCAGCAGAAGAAUACCGUUGGGGUGAUUCGUUCUUACAGUUUAGAAGUUGAUGCUACUGGGGAUGAUCAGAAAACGAUAGACUGGAUUAUUGCACUCUUGACAACUGAAGGAGACUCUAUAGAUGAAGAAAUUAAAAAAGACCCCACCUUUACCAGACUACUUGGUGAAAAGCCAUCACUUACCAUUUUUAAAAAAGUUAUGGAUUCUGUUCUUGAAGUAGCCUUGCCUGCAGAAAUAAAUUCUGAAGUAGAGAGUGAAACAGAAAGGAAGCUGAAGAAGAUUGCUUUUGUCGUACAUGCAACCACUAGAUUUGCAGCUGUUGGUAAUCACCCAAUGACUCAAAUUAUGGGUUUUGGAACAAAAUAUUUGCAGGAUAACUACACUGCCUGGGUCACACAGAAAGGAGGGUGGGCAAAGUUAAUGAAAGAAGAAUAUAUUGACUGACUGCAAGAAACCCAGGUGUCAAGUUAUACAAAUGCUUUCCUAAACGAUGGCAAUGCCUUACACUUUACCAGACUUGUUUCUUGAGCUAGCUUACACUGUGGUGGUGAGUGAUCAUGGACUCCUAAUGCAUCAAAUCACCUAUGGAGUUUGGAACAGCUGAAAAAUGAACCAGAGUCUCGUGGAAACUGACUGAUAACUCUAAGAAAAGUCCAAAUGACAACGUUCUGCAAGGGUGUUAAAUAUAAUUUUAUAUUUUAGAGUAGGGGGGAGUUUGAAGCCUGAUGCCAGGAACUCUGGGCUGCAUUAUGUUGGUGACAGGAAGGCAGUGAUUCCAUUUGCAAGCAGUAGGAAGCCAAAUGUGCUAGAUAGAGGUAUUUGUCUCAUUUGUAUGUAAUUAAAUGUGCAGCCCUCUGGUUGACCUCCCCUUUGGAACAUGAGGCCUUGCCUGGAUUCUACCACAUUGUGAAAUUACCUUCCAUUGGAGUGGAAAUUUUUGCCGAAAGGGAAGAGGAGACCAUCACAAUCACACAGUUGAAGGACCGCCUUCAGAUGUUGCCUCUGUGAGGUAAACAGACUGAGUGCAAGCACCAGGUGAUCAGGAAGACCAGGGACCCACCAAAGGACAUCUCAUCCAAGGGCAGUAACCAGUAAAAAGAACAAACAGACAUGGGACUCAUCCACCCAGUCCUCCUGGACCCCUGAGUGGAGGAGGAGCAGAGCAGAGGCACCAAUGCUGCAGCAGCAACAAAAAUUAUGAAAGCUGUUCAGGGUCCAUAAGGUAGUGAUCCAGAAGCUUCAUUCACUCUGUAUUGAGGUCUGGAUACCAUUUAAAAGUGGCAGCACCACCUGCCCUCACAUCACCUGAAGCUGGAAUUGGUGGCUUCCUGCCUACCCCUAGCACUUGAUUGGCUGGGCCCAGUGACCCCAUCCUGUUAAAUGGCCAAUUGCAUACAACUGGCAAUGCCCCCCACCACCACCAGGACCUGUGGCAUUGAAUAAAUUCUGCCCAUGGACUUGUAUAAAGUACUUUAUAACAUCAGGGUACCCAAAUCACAUGGGCCUGAGUGAAGAAGCCAUUAUAACAUUGCGUGACUGAUCAGAGAAAAGGUGUCUCAAGUUUAUUUCUCUCCUGUUGUGGGAUUCAAAUGACUAGGGGUUCUCCCAUCUCCUUCUGCUGACUUCAGUCUUUUCUGAUCUGGAAGUCAGUUAUUGAGGUCCAACUGUUAAAAUCAUCUGGACCUCUCACUACCAUUCCCCUGGCCAGAAUCUCAGCUGAGAGUUAAAAUUCCCUGCACCUUUAGAAAUGAAGGAUAAUCCAUUGGAAGAUGGCCUAGAGAUGCUAUUUGCCAGAAUUUUUGUCAAAGCUUGUAAAAUGUAGUUAUAUUUGGAUUUCAUCUCUCGUUUUGUUAAAUAAAGCUCCCAUGAUAA